CCCAGUAGCCUUUGACAGCUUUUUUAGGCGACGCUUCGAUUUACACUUUUCUGACCCCCUCCCCGACCCUUGUUUUCCAUUUGUUUUCGGGAUAAAGAAGGGGAGUACAAGGGGAAUAACGUUGCUUCGCUAGCUAGCUCUUACCGGGUCACUGUGCUAGCACUAGCAAAGCUAAUCUAACCUCAUUCUGCGAAUCAACCUCGAGACAAGUCGGGAUAAGACCAGUCUCAGGGCUCACCAUACUCGAUGAGCGGACAGCGCAAUGUCAGAGCGCUCUGGGCAAACUGCAAAGGGGAAGGAAGGCAAAACCAAGUAUGCGUCUCUCAACCUGUUUGAUACAUACAAAGGAAAGAGCCUUGAAGCACAAAAGCCUGUUGUUCCCCCCCGCCAUGGCUUGCAGUCUCUCGGUAAAGUUGCGUCUGCCCGGCGUAUGCCACCCCCUGCCAAUUUGCCAAGUCUGAAGGCAGAAAAUAAAGGCAACGAUCCCAACGUCUCACUCGUUCCCAAAGACGGCACAGGAUGGGCAAGCAAACCGGAACAAGCGGACCCAAAGAGUACCGAUGCAUCGUCAGCACCGCAGCAGGAACCGCAGCAGCCUGUGGCUUCACAGACGCCUGCACCGAUCCGCCCGAGAACCCCACCGGCUUCAGAGGGGCCAGCAGUCACAACUGUGGCCCCAGCUUCAACUCAGGCCGCAGGGGCAAGGUCCUGGGCACAGGCCAGUGUUACACAUGGAGUACCAGGGGAUGGUGGAAAGGGAUCAAACCUACCGUCGCCAUUCUCUCGCGAGGAAUUUCCCACCCUGCAGGCGGCUGGCGACCAGGACAAAGUUGGCAGAGAAGCGGGCACUGCAGAUCAGUGGUAUGGGCCCGGACCAAGCCUCCGCCCCCAGAACGUUACAAGCUGGCGGGACGGUGGGGGCCGAGGCCUGGCACCCACCUUCUCUGGGGAGGGGGCGGCAGAGGGUGGCAACGGUGGGGCUCUGCUGAUGGAAGAGGCAGCCGGGGUCCCGCCUCAAAACUCGCAGUCCCACGCGCCACCAAGGAACCCUCCCGCGGGCAGCCCCGCCUUACCCUUGCCUCAGCCUCCUGUGGGGCCUAACUUUCCCCAAUUCCGAGGGAUCAUACCGCCAUUCAUGUAUCCUCCAUAUUUACCCUUCCCGGCAAAUUAUGGUCCUCAAGGACCUUACAGGUUUCCGCCACCUGGUGAAGGUCCAGCUCCAAGGUUCUCUCGCUCGCAGAUGGGUCCUGACAGCAGGCCUCAGCUUCUCUCACGAGAUGCAGGUGGAGAGGUGGUCAAGCGACCCUCCAUCCUAAAGCAGGAUGACCUCAAGGAGCUCGAUGAGCUGGACCAUGAUGGAGAUGAAGGCUGGGCAGGGGCACACGAGGAGAUUGAUUACUCGGCAAAGUUGAAGUUCAGUGAUGACGAAGGAGAUGAUGACGGAGAAGAGAACGCAACAGAGAGCAACAAUGACUCAAGUGAGCGUCAGAGAUCUCACGAGGCCCCAUCUGCAACCUCAUGCCCUCGAGCCUCAGACAGCAGUGGAGAUAACCGCCACAGCCCUGCCUCCAACACUGAUGACGGCCCACAGACUUCCUCCAUCAAGCCAGGAUGGCCUGAGGGUAGCCAAGGAGCACCAUCCAAUUACAAGGAUCGGUCUCACAACCAGAGUGCAUCAUUGGGCUCGGGAAAAGUAGGCCACACCCAACAUCAGCCGGCAGCAGGAGGUCCCACCCCUCCUCCCCAGCCUGGAUUGCUGGUCCAUGGGGUCUCGGGGGACGACGAGGAUGAGACAUGGCGUCAGCGCAGGAAGCAAUCUUCCACCGAGAUCUCCGCCGCCGUGGAGCGAGCCCGUCGCCGCCGCGAGGAAGAAGAACGUCGAAUGGAGGAAGAGAGGCGUGCAGCCUGUGCGGAAAAGCUGAAACGGCUGGAUGAGAAGCAACAGCAGCAAAGCGGUAACGCCGGCGGAAGCAGUGGUAGCAAGACACCCAGCCUUGAUGGCAAUUCUACGGCGGCCGCAGCGGGCAGCCCGAGUCCAUCCUUGUCGGCCUCUGCAUCUUCGCCCAACAUUAGCCAGCCGCCUUCGCCAUGCGUUGACUCCGACGGGCCUCCUGUGCUGCCUGCGCAGUCGGGCACGGGUCUUGGUGUCGGUGAAAGACAACGGGCGAGCAGCAACAGCAGCUACGACUCUAACGCAGAUGUGCAGCAUGGCCCUCAGCCAGCUGUGACACAGCCACCGCCGCCUACGUUGGAAGUACCUUCACCGGUCGACAAAGAGGAGGCGGUCUGCACCGCUCACAUCCGAGCAGGAAGUGCAGGUGAAAGAGGCACGGAACCGGUGAAGACGGAGAAUAUCGGAGGGGGAGCGGGCCGUCAAGCGAUUGUUCCUCCGGGCCAGGGUUACUCCAAGUACCAGAAGUCCCUCCCACCUCGUUUUCAGAGGCAGCAACAGGAGCAGCUGUUGAAGCAACAGCAGCAGUGGCAACACCAGCAUAGCCAGGCAUCCCAAAGCCAGAUCUCCCCUCAAGCUCAAGCACCGCAGGGUCCUUCACCUGUUUCAACGCCCCAGCCAGGACCUGGACCUAAGCAGGGCGGACCACUGUACCAACCCGGCAACUUAGUUCGGCCACUUCCGAUGAAUUUUGACCCACGCUGGAUGAUGAUGCCUUACAUGGGCAUGAUGCAGGGCCGCCCGGCUAUGGACUUCUAUUCCACUGGCAUGCACCCAUCAGGGCUUAUUGGACGUGAGCGGUCAGAUUCAGGAGGAUCUGGUUCAGAGCCCUUUGAUCGACAACAGCAGCAGCAGCAUCCAGGGCACCCUCAUCGUGGUACUCCUCCUAUUGAUCCUAAAUUGGCCUGGGGGGCUGAGGUAUUUCCUGGUGGAGGGGAAGCUUGUGGGAUAAAUCCUCCUCUGAGGCAGAGGCAGACAUCGGAAGAGGACGAUGUGACGAAAGGGUCCAGGAGCGACACUCAUCCGCAUCGCAUACGAGAGGCUGGAUUGGCACCCAUCAAGCAGUCCAACACGAGCUCUGGGCCGUCAAACCAAACGCCGCCUCCUCCUGUCACUGCGCCGAGCGGCAGCCACCCCCCACAUCAUUACAUGAGUGGGAGAGGCAACUACAACAACUUUACGGAACAAGGCGCAAGGAUCACCACGCACCAGCAGCAGCAACAACAGCAACGAGGCGGUGAAAGGGGAACCCACUCCCAUGGCUUCACCCAUCAGGAUGAUGUCCAAAAUCGGGGAUCUCAGCCAGGCCAGCUUUGGGGGCCCCCGCACCCUCAUUACGAUCGUAACGGCCGUGCAGAGCUCCCUAAUGUAGAAGGCAAUGCCCACCACCACCACCAUCACAAUCACCACCCUCAGCAGCCUCACUACACUGUCCAAGCGCAUAAGCUGGAGAACAGCCAUGACAGGGUAGCUGAAGGCCCUCCGAAGAAGACCAACCCUUCUCCCCCACUCCACCAGCCCUCCCUGUCAUCUUCUUGCUCCUCAUCUUCCUCUUCUGCUUCUAACAGGGAAGAUGGCAGUGUAAAGGCCACUUUGCAUCAUCCUUCUCACAGAGAAGGUGAAGCCGGUGUUGGGCAUCAUCUCGGUGAAAGAGGUAAUGCCGGCAGCGGCGGUCAUGUCAAACAUGAGAAAACGGGCUCUGCAUACGCGCCACAUGCUUCCAUGGCCUCCAGCCCGCCUCCUGCUCAACAGGGCGGUCACUCUCAGCCCCAGCACCAUCCCCAUCCAAGGUCAAACCAAAGAGGGGGACGGGAUCAUAAAACCGAGACCCAGUGGGGCCCUCGACCCGGCAGCACCAAUGCAGGUGGGGCUUCCUCUCAUGGAAGGAGAGCCAACAAUGCAGGAAGCGGGAACCAUUCCCGUGGCGCCGAUGACGCCGCCCAUGCUCCGUCGGAGCACAAGCCCGCCAGCCAGGCCUUACCAAACAAAAGGGCGGGUCCAAUCAAGAAGCCGAUGAUGAAAGAGAUGAAGAAAGAGGGAGACGUUGAGGGAGGAGAGAAAUCAAGCCAAGAUAAAGAGAAGGAUGGUGGCCAAGCCGCCUCAGUAAAGCAAGAUGCCGCCACGUCAGCUCCGUCAGGCAAAGACGAGCCUGCUGUGACAAUAAAACCCAGGAAUGGCGGCAAAGAGCGGCCGCCCGGAGGAGGUGGGGGUGGGUCAGGGAGAGGACCUAAAGAGGCAGACGUCACCUCUUCGGGAUUCUCAGGCUCCUCGUCACGUAGGGACAGAGACCGUUCUUUUGAGAGACGAGCCAGCAAUGCCCAUAAUCACGGAGUCCCCAACAAAGCCACCAGAGGCACCCGCGGGCGAGGUGGCGAAUUUUACGGCCGUGGUCGAGGUUUUAGGGGUACCUACACAGCCACCGCCGGGCCCGGCGGUGGCAACCGCGGCAGAAUGGCCAGCAGGAGCGGCAGAGACUAUCGCGCAUCUGUUGCGGUUGGCCACCAUCGCGAUCCAAAGGGCGACGGCCCCGGCGGUCGGCACGGUCAGGAGCGGCCUCGGCACAACCCGGCCAGGGCCAGGAAUCGAAGCGAAACGCGCAGCGAGGGCUCAGAGUAUGAAGAAAUCCCCAAGAGGAGGAGGGAGAGAGGCUCCGAGACGGGCAGCGAGAGUGGGGCAAGUGACCCCGGCCAGUCGGACAAGGAUGACACCCACAAAGCCAACGCCAAGAAUGGCAUGGAGAAGACCAAGACCACUACUAGCGGCAACGUUUCCUCUGCACCACCGAGAGGGACGCAGGCCCGGGUUUUCACCCCUAGGGGUGUGCCGUCAAGGAGAGGCAGGGGCGGUGGUAGUGGAGGGGGAAACAUCUACAGGAAUAGUGGCAAUGUUGGAGGACCGGCUGGAGGACACAGGGGGGCCCCUGGUUCGGCUUCUCACGGGGGACCCUCAAGGCAGCCAAACUCAGCACGAAGGCAACAAGCCCCGUCACAAACCUCAGGGCACAAGGACUUGGGUAGAGGAGGGCCUCCUUUGGAGAAGAAGGAGAAGACGGCCGACGGACAUCAAGCGCCGAGUCACGGAUCCAAUCCACCCCAGACCUCGUUGCUGGCUGCGGCUCCUACCGCUCAAGUGUCCGCUGACAACGGAGCUGUUCUGACCCAGCAAGCUUCCACCAACCCCGCGUCGAUCACUGGCGGGCCCAAUUCAGUGCCUCCUCCCACUAACCGCGGGUUCCCUCCCAGUGGCUUCGAGCGACCCAAGCGGCGGCGUCACAUGCGUUUCCAGCAUCAGCAGGACAAGCCGCCUCGCUUCCGGAGGCUGAAGGAGCGAGAGAAUGCCGCGCGGAUCAACGGCGGAGUGGGGGUGAUUGGAGGAGGACGGCCCUCCUCCCCUUCCGUUAACUCGGUUCAGGACAGUAAUGGAACCGCCGUCACGACGACGCUGAUCAGUAACGCCCAGAACGCCAACCACAGCGCCACGCUUUCAGCUAACAAUAACAGCGGCGGCGGCGGCGGCGGGCACCUCGGCAACGCAAACAGCCACCACCACCAUCAGCAGCACUUCAACCAGGGCGGCACAGGACCCGCCCAGCACCACCACAGCCACGGAGCCAAGUCCCCCGACUUCACCAACCAGAACUCAGACCAGGCCAACGAGGAGUGGGAGACGGCCUCCGAGAGCAGCGACUUCACCGAGUUCCGUGACAAAGAGGGAGGAGGCAAACCGUAUUCUUCCCAUCAUCAUCAUCAUCAUCAUCAGCAGCAGCAUCACCACCACAUGGGGAAGGGAGGCGGAGGCGGAGGUGGUGGCGGCGGCGGCGGCGGGGGUGGUGGCGGCGGCGGAGGAGGCGCUGUCGAGCGAGAGAUGGCAGGGACGGAGCCCCAAGCUAAUAAAAGAAGCUUUUCCAGCCAGCGUCCUAGCAUGGAACGGCAAAACCGGAGGGUCAACGUCGGAGGAGGCAGAGGCCCUCGGGGUAUACCCGGCGGGGGCUCGGGCGGGACAGGAAACGGAGGCGGCAACCGCGGGGAAAAGCGGGGCAACUGGCCCUCCCCGAAAAAUAGGAAGUGAUGGAAUCUUUCAAAAACGUUUCGGCCAAACUGCACUCACUUCCAACCCAACUCUUCCUUUCUUUUUCUUUCUUUUUUUUAACCCUGUCUUGAUUGUUUCAUGUUUGCACCCCUCAACAUAUUGUACAGUAUAAGGAGAUGCUAUUCUACAUUGGUCAACUUUGGCAUCUGUCCACCGUCCUUUCUUGUACAUUUUCUCCGUUGGGUUUCCAUCUUACCUGCCGUUCUUCACCUUGAAAAAUGGUGGAUGGAUUAUAACACGCAUGUAAUUCUGCAUCGAAUUCUUUUAAAUUGGGGCGCGGUUCACACAUACAAGCACAAUGACAUCUUCAAAUUGGUGUCAAUCAUGUGGAUGUAAAAAUGAUUGUGGGAGUGAAUUGGCAAAAACCAUGAAAUUAGGCAAAACUUUUAUAUUCAUGUACGUGUGUAUAUUUCUACCACACUUUGGCCUUUGGUGGUGUACAGUAGUCCAGUUCUGCACACCUUUGCCCUCAUCAAGGGGAAAAGUGCAGCUUCAUCUUAAUAAGAACAAUUACCAGUGUAUCAUACAAGUAUCGCGUUGUUUGUUUUCAGGGGAGUUGUGUUAAUUCUGUUUUAGCCACCCAUGAGAUGUUUGGUGUGUGUGCGUGCGUGCGGAGUGCGAAUGUGUGUUUUUGUUUGUUUUUUUACAAAGUGGAUCGUUACCAGCCCUCUAUCUCUAAUUGACUCUUUCUUUGGCUCCCGGGUAUGAACCUUUAAGUUUUCGUAACUGUGAUAGGACCCCCGUGUACUACUGUUCUACGUCACUAGUUGGGUCUUUUUAUAUCAUCGUCCUUGCUUGUGUAAAUGCAGUUUUUUUUUUUCUCCUCAGGCUUUUGUGUCAAUCCGCUUUGACGUUUCAUUUAAAUUGAUUAGUCUUUUUUUUUUUUUUUUUUCUUCUCUUUCCCCCCCAGACAAUAAAUGGCUUUUUCAGCCUCACCGUAGCAUCCUUGUUACCUGCGGAAUUUUUCUCCACACUGCAAAAAUACUCGUCAACGGACAAUAGUUUUCCUCCCAUUCACAAAUUUGGUUCAUCCGACCCCCGUAAUAAUUUGACAGCUUCAUUUCCCACGUUGAGAUUUUUUAUACGGAAGAAUUCUCUUUUCAAAGUGGAAUGUCUAUCCUGUUGACGAGGAAUUGAGCUCAAAGAAAACAAAUGGGUCAUUCGAGAACAUGUUUUCACAAAUUGUCACUUGGUUAAAUUGUAAUUGCUUUAUUUUGUAACAAGCACUCCUUGUAGUAUAAAAAAAAAAAAGAAAUUGUUUGCUGUUUUGUUUUCAUUUCGUAGAGCAAGUUUUAUGUGAUGCAACAAUGACCGGUGCUCUGUCUGGGCCCAGAGUACAAAGAUCUAGAUGGAGUAUUACAUUUCCUCUGCUGUUGUGCAUGCUUUCAUGCACCCUGUGCUAUUACUAUCGGGACUUAUCACUGCAACAAGGAGUACCAGGAGCUCCUUUAUCUGACGGAAGGCUUUUUUUCAAAGUUUGUGCUCUCAGGAUGGCUGUUCAGGGGGAAGCAAAAUCAUCCCAGUCACCUGUUACGGAUUACAAGCAGGUUGCGUUUGGAAAAUAGUGGAUUUGUAACACGCAGUAGACAAACCUGCACAGUUUGGAGACUAGGUGGACUUAAGUACUCCUCUGCAUCCAUUCACUGCUGUAAGUUGGGGUUUUGUUUGUUUACUGACAGUAACAGUUUAACAGGGGAUGUUGCGAGUAGGGCAUUUGGUGAUUUGUGUGCGUGCGUGCGGCUGUGCGAUGUUUGAUGUGUGCGCGCGUGCGAUAUCUGCUAUCUAUAUUGUAACGGGAACGGCAUGGACCAGAGGCGAAUGAGAACGGCGAGCGCUUUCUGCCUUGUUUGGCCACACUUGAUUGAACCAAUGUUAUCAAAUCUGCUGCUUUAAAAAAAAAAAAAAGAGAUGCUCUGUUCAGCUCUGCAUACAUACAGUAGUACAUCAAUCAUCAAAAUGAGCAAGUAGUGGAAAGAAUCACUGAUUUAUUUGUGUUUGUUCAGUACGGCAGCAGGCAAGCGAUGCAUCAUCCCACUUAGAACUUGCUUGGAGCAUGAAUACACAGCCACGUGUGCAGCCUGCCUUGCCUGUCACUGGUUUUUGCAUCGCUAGCUGUUCGAUGAAGACGGGCUCAGAGUCCUCCAUCCCUCUUAACUCUGAUAUUGAUGUGCACAUUGUAUGUACCCAUGCUAAAAGAAAAGAAAAAAAGUAGUGUACGUAUUGAAAUUACUCAAACGAUUGUACUGUUUCCAGCAUUACCAAGGUACCUGCAGUGGUCCAUUAUGUUUUAGAAUUUAUGUUUUUAUUAAUGGAGCCGUAAUAUAUGCACAUGUAUGUAUAUUGGUAUGUAUCUUAAGUUUUGUCGACCCCAACUUACAUUCCCACCAACAAAUGUUGCCAUUUUUAGUUCAAGGGAGCAAUGUACAAGCAGAGAAGUGUCUUAUUAUAAUAAAGUUAUACAGAGAAGGCAAAGUUAAAUAAACUACUUUUGAUUGAAUGGAAA